GGUAAAAUGCGAGACAAAAGGUCACGUGACCGACCGUUUUCGCGUUUUUUGUUUGUUUUGUUCUGUUCCAAAGUUGGUACAUUUAAUUUUUAAAAAGAUUUACCGUGGCGGAGCACGGGAUGCAGCUAGUUAAUAUAUAACUUUAACCAUUAACUUUGCACCUUCAAUAAUUGAAUCAAAUCUCGGCCCGGAAAUUGCGCUACUGCCGCCGUAUCAAAAUUGAUUCUGGUUUCCGUCAGGCAAAACCUAGCUCGCUAGCCAGAUUCUCAUUUGAAAAUCAUUCACUUCACUCAAAUCACCAUGAAUAUCGAACUAGUCUAGGAAUAAACGACCUGCUAUUGAUUAAACUUUUUCUCGUCACCAUCGACGUAUCUUAGAGUAAUUUACACUUCUUGGACAGGCUUAAGGUCUUGUGUAGAUAGAGUAGCCAUACAUAGGAGGACUUCACAGUAGGAAGUUUGUUUUACUAUGGCAUCCCUACCAGUACAGCUAUUUUUCUGGCCAGAAUCAUUCUUUUCUCAAAAGGCUCAGUUGGCGCUGGAAGAGAAAAAGGUCAAGUACAAGCAAACAGUCAUCUGCCUGCCUGAACACCAACAGACUGAGCCCUGGUACCUGCGACUAAACCCAAAAGGGCAAGUACCCAUGCUGAAGCUGGGCGACAAGUUCGUCACAGAGCCUGAAAAUGUCAUAGACACCGUGGAUAAACUCAAUAACGCUCCUGUGCUUGUCCCUGACCCCAGCACACCAGAGGGCAAGCUAGUGCAGGAAUGGAGGUCAAAGUUUAACAGCCUCAAUGUAGAAGAUUUGACCUUUGGUGUCUUGUUGCACCCUGAACUUGCAGUUGGUAAAAUCAAGAUGCCAUAUAUGUACAGAAUAACUAAGGAAGGAUAUGAAACCAUAAAAGAAGUUGCGAGGAUGAAUGCACUUCGAGACAAAAACCCAGACCUGAGAGAAGCCUAUGAUGACAAAAUUGAGAAAUUUAGAAACAAUCCCUCUAUUAUGCUAGACAAGAACUACAUUGCUAAACUGAUUGAUGGCCUUGAAACAUUGUUUGAUGAGCUAGAAGCCCAGUUAAGGAAAAGCAGAACUAAAAACAUCACCCAGCACUGGUUGUGUGGGCCAAAUUUUACUGCAGCAGAUAUUACCCUCUGUAUCCUUCUGGGCAGGCUCAUCAACGUUGGUCUCAUCCAGAGGUUUUUGAAAGCUGAGAAGCGUCCAGCCCUAAUCGAGUACUGGAACCAAGCCCAGCAGAGAGGAACCAUUAAGAAGGUUGUGUUGGGUCCCAAGAAAGGCUUGAUGGUGUACCUGGCCAAAAAGGCAAUCACCAAGGUAGCAAGAGGUGCUGUGGUGGCCGUGGGAAUGGUUGCAUUUGGCAUUUAUGCUUCGAACAAAUUAUUUUUUUAAAGUGCUGAAUGUUUUUUUUAUCAGUGGCUUGAGUUGUAUAUUUCUUAGCCAUGGGUUUACAAAUAUUGUAGAGCAAUGAUUUGUGGCGGGGAGUAAAAUAUCUUAUUUUAAUUGAUAAUUUUUUAGUGAGAAUAUAAUGUGGUUGCAUUCAAUCCGUUUAUAAAUAUGAUUGUUUUUAAUCAAAUUGCAUCAAUGUUAAUGUUAUAGAAAUUUGUGAUGACUUACAAAUUUUUUUAUGUAAUGCAAACAUGGAGUUGUGCAGUUAUAGAAUGUCGAAUAUUUAUUUUAAUGUACAAAAUUAUGUAACCACUGUGCCGAUUGGGCUUUCUGAUUGUAACAUUCGGUGUUCCUUAGUUACACCUAAACCAGAAAUGGUAAACUCUAAAUUUGAAGUUUAAAUUAAAUUUAAAGAUAAACUUUUCUACCUCUGAUCCUUGAACCUGAAAUGAGGAAAAUUUAAAAUGGUGUUUCUGUUUAAGGGCCAACACUGCCAGUAGGAGAGAGAUGUUAUAAAAUGUACUGUUUUUUUUUUAACUUUACCCUUGUUUACCCUGGUAUUAAAUAUGCAAUUUACUUUUUUCAUGUUUAAAAUAUGUUUAUGUACAAAGACAAUAAAUAUGGUGCUAGUGUGUGCCUUCUGCUAUUAAUUUUUUGUAAACAUUUAUCUGAGAAAGACAUUUUUAUUCUUAUUG